GCUGUGGAGGUAUUGGCAGCAGUUUGCCGGGCCUAUGGGAAAUUUCAGUCUCUUUUUCACGAGCACUUGGAGUUCAUAUGAAGGCUGCAGGAGCACUAUUCUUCGCCGUUGCUGAGUUCGAAAUGAUGAGCAGCAGACACGAGGCUAACCAUGCAGGGAGCAUUGCAUCGGUGCUAACGAAAAUAAUCGAGCCAUUCACAAAUGGAUACUGCUACGAUGCAGGGAGAGACAUCAACAUGGCGUGGCUAGGUACUACAAUAGGAGCGGAUGUGAGCAGGAUGCUCGACGAAGCGUCAUUAUUUGUGUGCUGCAAUUGGCAGAGACGAGGAUUUGCUUUUGAAGAUGGAAGCUCGGAGCACAACGAUGCAACUGGUAGUGCAUCUAUUCAAGAUUGCAACUGCCGCAAGCGGCCACGUGGACCAAACAGCUUAACCAUAUCUGGACAAACUAGUGAAGAAAGAUUCACUCAUACAUCAGCUACAAAUGGAUACAUACGUAUCGAGUUGUAUGGUCCAACUGAUGAGUGUGACAGAGUAACCUCAUAUGAGACCUUCAAGAAGGCUCUUGCAAUCCGUGCCCUGGCAAGGUAUUAUAUUUCUCUGUGCUGCAUGAACCGACGCAACUGUCUACACAAAACAUGUAUAACAUGCCAACAAUGCAACCACCAUCAUCUGAACAACAGUGGGUUUAGAGAGGAAUCAGCAGCUUCAACGAGAAAUGCUUCAACUCAAUCAAAUUAUACACCACAGUGCAGCCCUGUGAUCCUGCACUAUACCCCAAAACACAUCGAGGUCCCGUACAAUUCAUUCCAGACACAACUGACUGGCAGAUCUGAAAUAGUUAUGGACAUGUUCGAUGCAAUAAUUAGGCGAUUCACAGAGGUAACUAAGAGUGGAGAUGAAUGUGUGGAAGGCUAUAUCCAGCGACACAUAUUUGAAUCAAUAUUUAUUGGGACUUUGCUUGCAGGCACAUUCAACGCAACAAGCCAAGUGAUUAAAGAUCAGAUAUCUGGGCUGCAUAUAGAAUAUGAACUGCCAUCGUGCAGAAUACUAUUCUUCCCAGGAAUUGUUGGGCACCGAUGGGUGACAUACGCAUGGUGUCUUGAUAGAAACAUAAUAUCUGUAUUUGACCCUUUUUUCAAUGAAAAUUGCAUUGAGGAACACAAGGAUGUGCACAUAUACGUCAUUGGACUGAUUAAAAAUGCCAUGAAAUUGACAGCAAGUCAUUUGAUAACUGGCUGGAAUUACAACUGGGAAGCAGCAAGAAUAGAAAUAAUAGGCACCCAAUUUGCCGGAAGCACCUGGAAAAGGAGCACAGGUUGCGCUGCUGCCCAAUUCUGCUUUCACUAUAAUGGAACGCUUUCUUCACUUUCAAGAGUAAAUGUAGCAGAUGCAUCAAAGGUUAAAGAAAUGCUCACUGACGCACUAGGCUUAAAAGAAAACCAGGGGUUCGUGCCCACAACAUAAAGAUGCCAACCAUACCUCGCACCGCUGAAGAAGGUAUUGCCCGACAUGCAGUCUCUCCUGACAGCAAAAUUAAAUCAGUAUCGUUAAGUAUUUUUUUGUGAAAAACGAGCUAUAUAAACUCAUAAUAUUAUUUUUGAAGAACUACAUGUAUGUUUUGCCUGUUACGCAGACCCUUACCAGUCCCUUCCUUUGAUUUCACCAGUGCCAUCAAAUAAUUUGUAAUCACAAUAAGAUUCCUCGUGGUCCAAAUGGCACAUCAUGCCACAUAAUUGCACCUGGAGGCAAAUCAUUCUUAUUGAUAUUUAAAAGUGUGAUUUGCGAAUGAACUAACCCAAUUGAAUAUAGACCUAUUUCAUACUAUGAAAAUAGAUCACCAAAAAUAUUGUAGCUCCUGAACUACUCACCGUGUAAACCUGACUAUUGUUAACAACUAUCCUUCCUUUAUACCUAGGUUUCUGCGAACCUUCAACAAUCUGCUUAACUGUCACGUGCAUUUUGUUUAUAUUUGUGUUGAUUCCAAGUGUUGGGCUCAGCAGAUGGGCAGUAGACCGUGCUGUGCUGUUAUGGUUGGACAUGCUAUUACAAGAAAAGGAACACAAGUAAAGUCGCACCGUGCACUGUGAAACUAGUGUGCGGCGGAAUGGGGUCGGCUAUAUAAAGAUGAUGUUGCUUGGUAAACAAGAAAUAUAGCAAAAAGAUAACCUCAACAAUAAUCGACGGGCCCCAGUGUGAAAACAAAAAAAAUGUUAUAAUUUACAAGUAAAAGUGCUACGUAACAAAAAAUGUAAUGACGGCAAAUUCAUAUUGGCACGCUAAAGAAAAAAUACAACAUGUGCGGGACGAAAAAAAAAGAACCUGAGGUGCUCGGCCCAAAUCAACUCGCUUCCUUCUGCGACACGGAGCGCAAGGCAUUUAAAAUGGUAUAGGCAUGCAGGUAUAUGAGUUUAAUGCUCGUCCUUUUUCCUCCACCGGCAAGUAAACUAGCUCCUUCCUCGGCAAGACUCAGUCCGACCAACCCUUCGCCAACCUCUUUAAUAGUUCAGAAGCUUGCAAAGCAAGAGUACGAACAAAAAUACCCAAUGGACUCAGUCACUGCACUCGGGCUGCUAAAUGAUACAGCUAAAUAUUCAUACUAUUUAAUCGCAAAUAUUGUUAGCAGCACGACAUUAAAAAAUGGUUACAUGAUAGCUUCAAUUUAAUGAAACAGAAAUAAAAUAAUUUCAAUAAAUUAAUGAAUUUAUUAUAAAUAAUGUACUAAACAUAAUUAUUACUUAGUUGUCACGCUGUAUAAAAUUUAAAAUUAGGUAAUAACGAAGACUAUAAAAACUGAAAUGCAAAGACCUAACUUUGAUUGUGUAAUUAUAAGCACAGUAUAUUUAAGAAAAACAGAUCAAUUGACACUACAGCUGGAAAGAAAAAAAUAGGCAAGCA